UUUGAGCUAAGCCACGAGAGGAAAGGGGGAAAGAAUUGGGAAAAAUGCCCUGCAGAAUUGAAAUUCAAGCAGCAUUUCUUCUCUCCUCCUUUGUGACCUUCUUCAGUGGACUUCUCAUCUUAUCCAUUUUUAGAAUAAGCUGGAGAUUCAUUAGAAAAAGACAAAGCUUCAAGAGAGCAGGAAUUACCCUGGAACUACUUUCAUCAGCUAUCAUUACCCAUAACCCUUUAAGAAGACUUUAUUCUUAUGGAGUAUUUCGCAAUCAAAUAGAAAUGUUGCUUUCUGCACAAACCUUUGUGGGCCAAGUAUUGGUGAUCCUUGUCUUUGUUCUAAGCAUUGGGUCUCUUAUAAUCUAUUUCGUCAAUUCUUCUGACCCUGUUGGAAGUUGUUCUUCAUAUGAAGACAAAACCAUCUCCAUUGAUUUGACUUUCAAUGCUUUCUUUAGUUUCUAUUUUGGAUUGAGAUUUUUGGCAGCUGAUGACAAGAUCAAGUUCUGGCUGGAGAUGAAUUCUCUUGUAGACAUUUUUACCAUUCCCCCAACAUUUAUUUCUUACUACUUGAAGAGUAAUUGGCUAGGUUUAAGGUUCCUAAGAGCUUUGCGGCUUCUAGAACUCCCUCAAAUACUGCAAAUUCUACAAGCCAUCAAGACCAGUAAUUCGGUGAAGUUUUCCAAACUGUUAUCGAUAUUUCUCAGUACCUGGUUCACUGCGGCAGGAUUCAUUCACUUGGUGGAGAAUUCUGGUGAUCCCUGGCUCAAAGGCAGAAACGCACAGAAUAUAUCCUAUUUCGAUUCCAUGUACCUGGUCAUAGCAACAAUGUCAACUGUUGGCUUUGGAGAUGUAGUGGCCAAGACAUCUCUCGGACGGACCUUCAUUAUGUUCUUCACCCUGGGGAGUUUGGUUCUAUUUGCAAACUACGUCCCUGAAAUGCUGGAACUUUUUGCUAACAAGAGGAACUAUAUCAAUUCCUAUGAAGUAGUCAAAGGAAAGAAGUUCAUUGUGGUCUGUGGAAAUAUCACUGUUGACAGCGUGACUGCUUUCCUGAGAAACUUCCUACACCACAAGUCAGGGAAGAUCAACACUGAGAUUGUGUUCCUGGGAGAGGUCCAUCCUUCUUUGGAAUUGGAGACCAUAUUUAAAUGCAAUUUGGCCUAUACAACUUUUAUUUUUGGAUCUGCACUGAAGUGGGAGGAUCUGAAGCGAGUUGCGGUGGAGUUUGCAGAAGCAUGCCUGAUUUUAGCCAACCCUUUGUGCAGUGACUCAUAUGCGGAGGACACUUCAAACAUCAUGAGGGUGCUCUCUAUCAAGAACUAUUACCCUAAGGCUAGAGUCAUCAUACAGAUUCUUCAAUCCCAUAACAAGAUUUUCCUGUCAAAGAUUCCCAGCUGGGACUGGAGUACUGGAGACAACAUCAUCUGCUUUGCAGAAUUAAAGCUUGGAUUUAUUGCCCAAGGCUGUCUGGUCCCAGGCUUGUGCACCUUUCUAACAUCUCUAUUUGUUGAGCAAAACAAAAAGGUUUCUCCUAAAGAGCGUUGGCAAAAACAUUUCUUGAAUGGCCUGAAGAAUAAAAUUCUGACCCAACAUCUGUCUGAUGACUUUGCUGGAAUGAGUUUUUCUGAGGUUUCCAGGCUCUGCUUCCUGAAGAUGCACCUCAUGCUGAUAGCCAUUGAACACAAGUCCCUCCUUAAUGGUGGUUCCUGUGGUCUGAUACUAAAUCCACCUUCACAAGUGAAGCUGCAUAAGAACACAUUAGGGUUCUUUAUUGCUGAAUCUCCAAGAGAAGUCAGGAGAGCCUUCUUUUACUGUUCCAACUGUCAUGGUGAUGUGCAGAAUCCUGAGCUAAUUGAAAAAUGUGGCUGCAAAAGUAGGAGCUGUCAGCACCCCACAGGGUCACCAAAAAUGGCAAUGAAGAGCAAGAAGGAACUGUCUGGUAUGGGAAAGCAGGAUUCUUUUUCAAGUGGAUACAAAAACACAUUAAGCUACUCAAGUUUUGCUGUCAGGACUUUUCUAGAUGAUAUGGAGCAAGAUCCUGACCAGCUUGACAGCAGUGGCAUGUUUCACUGGUCCAAAACAACUCCUUUGGACAAGGUGAUUUUGAAACGAACUGACAAGUCAAAGCAUGAGUUUCAAAACCACGUUGUAGCAUGCGUAUUUGGAGAUGCCCACUCAGCCCUGAUAGGGCUUCGAAACUUUGUCAUGCCACUGAGAUCCAGUAACUACACUCGGAAGGAGCUGAAGGACAUUGUGUUCAUUGGGUCUCUGGAUUACCUGCAGAGAGAGUGGCAAUUUCUCUGGAAUUUUCCCCGCAUAUAUAUAAUGCCUGGAUCAGCACUCUAUUCUGGGGAUCUGCGUGCGGUCAACAUAGAGGACUGCUCCAUGUGUGCUAUCCUAGCCCCUUCACCCAAGGCAGUAAGCAGCCAGAUCCUGGUCGACACAGAGAGCAUCAUGGCCACCCUUAACAUCCGGUCCCUGAGGAUCAGCUCCACCCCCUACAGACCUUCAGUGCCAGGAAUGCUACCUGACGCUAACAAAUAUAAUGGGAAAUCAAAAUACCGGCAAGUCCCCAUCCUCACUGAACUGAAGAAUCCUUCCAAUGUACACUUUAUUGAGCAGCUUGGUGGACUGGAAAGGAGUCUGACUGGACUGAACCUGCAUCUCAGCACUUCCUUUUCGACAGGUGCUGUCUUUUCUGGUAACUUCCUGGAUUCCCUCCUGGCCACAGCCUUCUACAAUUACCGGGUCCUAGAGUUACUGCAGAUGCUGGUGACAGGAGGGAUAAGUGCUCAGCUGGAACAGCAUUUGGAUAAAGAGAAGUUCUGUGUGAGUUCUGACAGCUGCUCUACAUUCCUGUCUGGAAGAACGCGGUGUAAGCUGGGGCUGCUCUCCUUAAACCAAACCAUUUUAUCAGACAUUAAACCAAGAAACACCUUUGGACAACUAUUCUGUGGCUCAUUAGAUAUUUUUGGAAUCCUGUGCGUUGGCCUGUACCGCAUGAUUGAUGAUGAGGAGCACAACCCAGAACACAAAAGGGGAGUAUUUUAGUCUGCAAGGUGUUAGCAACCUACCCCAGAAUAAGAG